AUGCCAGAAGAUAAAAUACUGUUCUUCAGUAGAACACUUUUUGAUUCCUUGUUCAACCUGAAGUCAUAUCCAAAAAACGGUUCUAUAUCAGUGGUUGACAUACUCGCUUAUUAUCAAAAAGAAUUUUUGAAUGACAACUUUAAAGAAAUACACGACGUGUUAGCAAAAGAUUUGAAAGAAGUUCUUAAUGCAGU